CGUUAGCACUUCCGGGUUCCAAUGUUUACAUCUGGGAGCAGCGUGGAAACCACAGAGCUCUCCUCUUGGCUUAUAAAAACAUGAUUCGUGUCGGAAACAACACGUUCUGCAGGUUCUAGGAGUUAUACUCACUCACGGGCUCUGUCCUCAGGAUCGGCUGCUGAGGGUCCAAGUAAAGCGUAAACUAUGAAGAAGAAAAGCAGACGUCCGAGGACAUCAGAGACUGCAGCACAGACCAGCAGGACAGCAGCAACAGCAGCGGGCUUCAGUGAGGAGAAGAGGCCGGCAGGAAACAGAGGAAGACCGAGAAAGACCGUCCCUGCGACCACAGAAAGUUUCUACGAAGCAAAAGAUGAGCCUGCUAACUUCAGUGUGACGGCAGCUGAUGACACACAGAAACAUCCAGAGAGCAAGUCCAGACCUACAGGUCGACUGUCAGCAGCUGUCUGCCGGCUCUGCCAUGGGAAGUUCUCUCCUCGCAGCCUGCGGCAUGCCUUCAACAGGUGGCCCCAGGACUCCAUUGACAUCGUCGAUGAUGAGUCGGACUCUGUGGCCCAGUCGACUCUUUUAUUCCACUCAGACUUCCAGCGAUUGGUGGGCGUCCAGUUGGACCGUGACCCCAGGCUCUCAGAGUUUAUCUGUAAGAAAUGCCAUGCCAAGUUCUACAAGUGCCAAAGCAUCCUGAUCAGGUUUCUGCAGACAGUCAACCUCCCACCGGUGGGGAAAGAUAAUCUCAAAAGCCAGAGGAAUGCAAAGUGUUCAGAGCCCUUUGGAAAUCAUGCUUCAACUGCACCCCCCUCCUUCAGCUCAGACCCCAAGUGCCUCCACAGUCUGGUGUCCUGGGCCCACCAGCACGGAGAGGCCUGCCACUACUGCCCUGACCUGAAGGAGGUGCUGGAGGGUCAGUGCUGGGGCUCGGUGAAGGCGGUGUGGGGCUGUGUUGAUGGUCACAGCUACAUUAUGGACACUCAGUGCACAACCACAAACCCAGGCUACGCUCUGAACUUUAGCACAGAGGCUUUAGGAAGCGGUAACGGUGAAGGAGUGAUCUCAGAGGAGGAGGACCAGGAACAGGAGGAGGAGGAAAAUGAAGAGGAGCAAGCUAGCAGGAACGAGAGGAUUCCAGUUGGAAGUCUGGUUCAAGCAGUCCCAGGUCAGACUCACAGCUCAGUGAUGGCAGACUGGACACACUCUGAAGUCUUCACAGGUCCUGAGGGGCCCUGCGCUCUGACUGAAGCCCAGCUGGAGAACAGAGCUGCUGCUGCUGACAGUGAUCUGUCUGACAGGGUCAUCUCAGAGGAUGAGUUUGAUGAGAGUACAAAGAGAGGGUUAUCAGAUGACGAGUUGUUUGAUCCUCACUCAGACAAGAGAGCUCGCAGGAUGACCGUCGCCAGCAAGAAGAAGAGAGGCCCUAAAGCCCUGGAGGAGCCCAAAAUCAAAAAGAAACCUGGACCCAAACCGGGCUGGAAGAACAAGUUCAAACCAAAAGGAGAGGAGCUGCCCAACAUUUACAAGUGUCCUUAUCAGGGCUGCACAGCCGUCUACAGAGCUCCAGAUGGUUUGAAGAAACACAUCAAGGAGCAUCACGAGGAGAUGAGAGAGCGACCCUGUCCUCAUCCGGGCUGCAACAAGGUCUUCAUGAUCGACCGGUACCUGCAGCGGCACGUCAAGCUCAUCCACACAGAGGAGAGGAACUACAUCUGUGACCAGUGUGGCCAAACCUUCAAACAGAGGAAACACCUCUCGGUCCAUCAGAUGAGACAUUCAGGGGCCAAGCCACUGCAAUGUGAGGUGUGCGGUUUCCAGUGUCGCCAGCGUGCGUCACUAAAAUACCACAUGACCAAACACAAGGCGGAGGCAGACUUGGAAUUUGCGUGUCUGCUGUGUGGAAAACGUUUCGAGAAGGCUCACAACCUGAACGUGCACAUGUCCAUGGUCCACCCGCUGACUCAGGCCGAGGCUCAGAGAGGCAGCACCCAACAGCAGCAGCCGCCGCUCUACCCCGACCUGCACACCAUCACUCUGACCGGGGAGGUGGUUCAGCAAGACCAGGACAGAUGACAGCAGGGAGUCAGAGUCCAGAUCUGCUGCACGGGUACAUAAACUAUGGAACAGGGACCCGCUCUGUAGACCUGUACAGUAGUCUCCAUGUUUUCACAUUCAGCGCAUGGACUGAGACCGGCUUCUGCCUCCCCCGGCCUGAGGAGCACUCGCUCUGUUAUUUAUCAACGUAGCAUUUUUAGCUCAUAAUAUCAACGCCAAUCUCUGCUUCAACAUGUAUUCAAUGUUUAGUGAAUAUUGGCCAAGCUGCUGACAGAUUCAUCAUCUUACAGGCAGCUCUUAUAGCGUAUCAGGUAUUUUUUUAAACCUGGACUAUUUUUUAUAUAUUCUGGGAUCCAAAUUGCAUUUUACAUUUUCAUUAGAGCAAGAUGUUUUUCAGAAACCAGAAAAACUUUAGACCGCUUUCCUCAAAGCCACCAGACUUUUCACAGAAGCAGAAACAAACAUAUCAAGGCAGCAGGAGACGAGUAUCUUUAAGUUCUGCUAGUUACAAUUUCAGCAGAGUUUGGUGGCUUUAAAGAGAGCGAUGCAGCAGCUGUUUGUGGUUUCAAAAGAGAAUCUCUCUCUUUAAGUUACGUCUUUCUGUAGUGUUGCUAAAAAAAAAUUUAAAUAACUAUCUUAACCUGGAAAUGGGAAAAACCCUUGUAGAGGAUGUAGGCUGGUUGCAACAAUGAACUGAAGCAAAUCCAGAACUUUACAUUUAAAAUAAAAACAAAAAAAUGAAAGUUCCCUUUUUAAAUAUUAAUUUAUUUCGAGCAUCCCUUUCAUCAUUCCAACUUCCUUAAUCUUGUUUGGAGGAGACAAACACGUCUGUGAUGCUUCACAGAAAUGUGGUGUUCAGGAUCUUACGGUCAAAUUCCACCAGAUCCGUGUCCAUUCUGUCUCCGACUUGUCACAGCACUGGAUCUGAUAGCUUUCUAUUCGAUUAACGCAUUAAUCUCAACAGAGCAGAUGGAGCGAGGCAGGAAGUCAGGCACCAAAACAAAAUGAAAACAUCCGGUUAAUUUUCAGAAUAAAACACUCUGUGUUAUCACCAGAUCGUAUUUCAUUUAACUACAACAACAAACCGUCAUGAUGAGUGGAGCCAGGCCUGGAGUCUUUUCUGCUUUUUUUUAUUGUAUUUUUUACUUUUACAUGUUAGAAAUAAAGUCAUCAAAUCAAAUCAAACAGGUCAGAGGUUUUCAGAGGACCAGAAAGACAACAUGGAUGAGGAGAGGAGGAGGAGAAUCCUUGAUUCAGUGAUUGCCGCGGGAAAACCUUGGUCACAUGACUCCAGCUGUCCGGCGGUCCUGCUCUGCAGCGGAACGGAGAUGGACCAGACACAGAUCUGGUGGAAGUCCUGUGUUACAAUCAUUCUCCUAUCUGAAGGAAGAAUAGAUCUAACAAAAGUCUCUGUCUCUAAGAUUGUAGUUCAGUUUCAUUUGGAUGCAUCUGUAGUUAUUAAGUGACACAUGCAGCAGACACUCCAUGAGCAGCGUCAGAAAUAAAUCCAUCAACUCGUGAUUCAGCUGACCCUGCAGCUCAUCAAAGUGAUGUUGGUUUAAAGAGUCAGUCAGUAAUAAUGUACGCUCUGUUAUCUGAUUCUAUGCUGCACAGUGUUUUUAUUUAAGUGAACUCAUUAAGUGGCUUUUCUGAAACAAAUGAAAGAUGGUUUCAUGUCGGACUAAAGGAUUAUAACUGACAGAGACUUAAACCACAUCUGGUGCCUCUGUUACUGAUCUGAUGUACACAUGAAGUUUCACUGCUGUUGGACUCGCUCUGAUCUGUCAGCUGAAGAGAUCAGAGCAGAUUCUACUUCAGUGUGAGUCCUGUAAUGUAAUAAUAAUAAUGUAAAGCUGUGUCACAUCCUUGCAGGGCAGAGUGUGAAGAACAAUCUGAAGAAUCUCCAACGUUCACGUCAGUUUUAUUUCAUGUUUGUAUAAACUUGUCACAGUGUAAAGGGCUUCAGGUGUACAUGUGUAUGAUACAGUCCUGUGUGCAUUAUGUAAAUAAAUGCAAUUCUUUUUUUUUUUUUA